AUGAAGACCAACAAAUGUCGCUGCUCGUGCUUGGACACCUGCGGCGAAUUAAGGCGUACAUGUGAACAUUUGCAUCAGCAGCAGCAGACACGCGGCAUAGUCGUCAGUCUCACGCUGCUGGCAAAACGUUUAAGUGUAGCGGACACGACUUUUCAAUUGCAAACUUCUACGUCAUCAUCGUACUCAAGUCAAGCCAAUAAUUUUAGUAAUAACUACAAUAACAAUAACAACAACAACAAUGGUCAGGGCAAUAAUUUUGGGCGUCAACAAGCCUAUCGCAGCAGUUUCUAUGGCACGCGCUACCAAAGCAACAUCAACAGCAGCAGCAACAACACCAACAACAACAACUAUAAUAAUACUUAUCAAGUGAAUGGUGAUGCCAAUGGCAACAGCCACAGCAACAGCAACGGCUCGGACAAACGUUUCACCAGCAUUGUCACUACAAGCACCAUUAAGCCGCUUACACCCAAACUGGUGCGGCGCAUUGAAACCACCUGCUCGAAUGGCGGCAACUGCGGCGGCGGCGGUGGUGGCAGCAAUGGUGUCACUCACAAUAAGCCACGCGCGCCACUUCCGCCCGCCACUAACACCAGCACCAGCGCGCUCCCCAGUGGCAAUAAACAGUACUUGCGCACGCGCAAUCAGCUCGCGCCCCCUCCUCCCGCACGUAAUCCCUCCAACUUUGAGAGAUUCCACAACAGCAACCUGAGUUUUCGACAGAAAAACUCUGGCACUUGCUCUGGUGCAAGCGCAGGCGCAGGCGCAAGCACAGGGACAAUCGCUGCCAAGUCGACGCCUGCCGCAACGAAUUGCAACGGUGGUGGCUCGCAGACGCCCGCACCCGCGCCCUCGCAUUCCAAGUAUUCGGGCGCCACAUUUUACAACAGCAGCAGCACCCGCUCGUCAGGUGGUGCCGGAUCUCAGAAGCGCGCGUAUUGUACGGCGCAAAAUGUACACAAGGAAAAUGUGCCCGUUCGCUCGGUGAAGAAUUACCCAGCGCCAUUGCCGCCGAGCACACCGAAGGCUGUGACAAAGAAAAAGUAUAGAGAGGACUUGAAGCUCGCGAUUGUAUCGGCCUCGCCCAAUAUACAUAAUCGCCGUUUGGGCGGUGUUGCGCAUGGCGAGCAAAAUAAAGCGUUGUUGUCUGCCAGCCAGCGUCGCAAGAAUUACGUGCCAUUCAACAACGGUCAGUCAAAUUGUGCGACUGCUGCCUCGAAGAACGGCAGCACCGGCAGCAAUGAGUCGACGGGUUCGGGUUCAGGUUCCAGCGGGUCGCACGGCUCGCCCAAAACGAAGAAGAUCUUCUCCACCAAAUUUCCGCAAGGUCUGCCCUUCGAGGAUGAGUUCUACCGCCAGCGCUUUUGUCGUUCCUACUCGCAAUCCUCGUCGAGCAAUUAUAGUUUCUACAGUUCGGUUGGUGCGCCAGCCACGCCGCACAGUCGCGAUUUCGAUGAUCUGGAACGCGGCCACGAACCACACGAACGCCGCAGUGCCAUCGAUGAGGAUGACGAAUUCCAGCGCAAGCCAGCUAGUGACGAACCACUCUAUGUGGAUUUCUCGAAAGUCAUGCUGCGUCAAAGUGACUGCCACACAGACUACUCUAACCGCAAUGGCUACUGUAAUUCCUCCUCUUCCUCGUCGGGUGCGACGACAACAACGAUCGUGCCAACAACGACGUGGAUUGGCACAACAAGGACUACCAAUUCACCGCUGCCGCCAAUGUUGGCAGCUAAACUCGCCAGUGAAAAUGGACGGUUGGAUGCCUAUGCCGCAGCUGCUGCGUCGGCAGCGUCUGCUGCAUCACCAGGCACCGCCGCCGCCAAUGGUUCACCUCAUUUACGACGUACAACGAAAUCGAAAAUUUCUCAUUCAAUCAACGAUUAUCUCUACACCAGUUGUGGUGCUGCAACAACAACGACAACGACAUUAACAACUUCAACAACAAAGAAGGUGAAUGGCACGAUUGCUUUUCUUCCAGACGAUCCCGAAGACGGUUACUACACACACACCACAUCACCUGAGCCUCCUGCGCAAACGGAUAUCUACCUGGCUGUGGCGUCGUGGGCUCCAAAAUGUUUACAUCCCACCAAGGUGCACAUACCCGCUAGCUCCAGCGUGGCAGAUAGGAAUAAUAAUCCGACGGCGGCGUAUGCGAUGAUGAACGGAUACGAUCAUCGGCUGUACUAUGGUAAGACAACGGCGGCGACCAGAGACAUUUUGGAGCCCACGAUCAACGAAUUGCAGUAA